AUGGCGGAGCAAGUUUCCGAGGAAGAGGAGCAGCAGCACCGGGUGCCUCUGUUGGUGACCCCCGUGCCUGAAGUGCUGGGAGAUGUCCUGAGCGAGCAGUUUGGCCCCCUCCCUUUCAUGGCAGCCAUCACCAGGAUGAAGAGGCAGCCCUCCGGGCACUACCUCUCCACCGAGAACCUGGAGGAGGUCUUGGAGAGGAGACAGGUGGCUAACGCCAAGGAGAGAGAGAGGAUAAAAAACUUGAACAGUGGCUUCUCAAAGCUGAAGACCAUCGUGCCACUGAUACCUAAAGACCGGAAGCCUAGUAAGGUUGACACCCUUAAAGCAGCCACUGAAUAUAUACGCCUGCUCCACUUGAUUUUGGAAGAAACUGGAGGCUUUGAGAAAUUGGAAGACCCUGUUGAUCAGGAGUUAGCCAGCAGCGUUUCCAUGCCAGUCUCCUUAGAGGAAGGUUUUGGGGGAAAUGCCCUGCCACAGAGCGCCGGCUGUUAUAUCAGGACUGAAAACGACAUGAGCGUAGCUUGGACAAGCAAUGUAGUGGAGAACCCUGUAUAUGUAUGGGGCCGGAGCAUCCUUCCUUCUUACUUGGGGAUCGUACAAAUCCAGAAGAAUGGAAGGCUGGUGUAUCAAACAAAUCACUAA